GGGGUCUCCGGAGGGGAUGCACGCGUGCAGGCCCUGCUCCCCGGCCGGGCGCGCGAAACUUUUCUGAGACUGGCGCUGUGUUUUGCGCGGGAGAGAGAGCCUGGCGCUGCCCUGCGGCUCCCGGACUAGGGGCGUUCCCCGGGUGCUGGACUCGGUGAAGAAUGUUGGCGCCGCUGGCUUCUCUCUGAUUCCGUCUUCUCUCUAGUUCUCACGCCGCCUCCCGCGCUGUCCUCACUCCCUAGACCGAAAGAGUAAGACUGGCUAGAUACUCCCACCUGGUAUUCCAAAAGGCGGUGGCGAGCUAAGCUCUAAUCUACUUCAGAGAAGAUGAUGGGCAUCAAAGAAACUCUGUAUGGAGUUUGUUUUCUUUAUGGCAAAAGCUAACCAUGUGGGCAAAGAAACUGAUGAUGAUAUAUUAUCCAAACUGAACCAGCAGGACGCAUACAAGGCGACUGCCAAACUUUGCCAAGACAAGGUAGAAGAAUACAUGUUCACCUUCAGUGAACAAGAGCAUGUUCCCAAACUCAAUUUUGGGUCGUCCACCCUUCACUCCAAACCACCAACAGCAUAAUAACUUCUUUGCUCUCUCACCACCUCUUUAUUCACACCAGCAACUUAUUGAUGCACAAUACAACUUCCAAAAUGUAGACUUGUCUAGAGCUGUGACCUUACAGCCCUUGACAUAUGGAACUGUCAGUCCAAUACAGACCUCGACAUCCCCAUUGUUUCGAGGAAGGAAGAGAAUAAGCGAUGAAAAAACCUUUCCUCUUGAUGGUAAACGACAGCGUUUCCAUUCACCCCACCAAGAGCCAACUAUAAUUAACCAGAUAGUGCCUUUAUCAGGUGACCGAAGAUAUUCCAUGCCGCCAUUGUUUCACACACACUAUGUACCAGAUAUAGUAAGAUGUGUUCCACCUCUUCGAGAAAUUCCACUGUUAGAACCUAGAGAAAUCACACUGCCUGAGGCCAAAGAUAAGCUGAGUCAGCAGAUAUUAGAGUUGUUUGAAACUUGUCAGCAGCAAACAAGUGACUUGAAGAAGAAAGAACUCUGUAGAGCACAGCUGCAGAGAGAGAUCCAACUGCUCUUCCCACGUACGUCUGCCUACUUUGUAUGCCCUUCUUGUCUAUGCUCCUGUUUACAGACUGCAGACUUUUUUACUGUUUCUUCUGCUUCUCUAGAAAGCAGACUUUUUUUGGUCGGAUCGUCUUUAAAUGGAUUUGGUGCCCGGAGCAGUGAUGGUGAUUUAUGCUUAGUUGUUAAAGAAGAACCAUGUUUUUUUCAGGUGAAUCAGAAGACUGAAGCCCGCCAUAUACUCACCUUAGUCCAUAAACACUUCUGUACUCGACUGUCUGGCUACAUUGAGAGACCUCAGCUGAUUCGUGCAAAAGUGCCAAUUGUGAAGUUCAGGGAUAAAGUCAGUUGUGUGGAAUUUGACUUAAAUGUAAACAAUACUGUUGGAAUUAGAAACACAUUCCUUCUCAGAACUUAUGCCUACCUUGAAAAUCGAGUUCGUCCGUUAGUGCUGGUGAUUAAGAAGUGGGCAAGUCACCAUGAUAUAAAUGACGCCAGUCGCGGUACUUUAAGCAGCUACAGUCUUGUAUUGAUGGUUUUGCACUACUUACAAACCCUACCUGAACCCAUCCUUCCAUCCCUCCAAAAAAUUUACCCAGAAUCUUUUAGUACUUCUGUACAGCUGCACCUUGUACAUCAUACUCCAUGUAAUGUUCCUCCUUACCUCUCAAAGAAUGAAUCAAGUCUUGGGGACCUCUUACUGGGCUUUCUUAAAUAUUAUGCUACAGAAUUUGACUGGAACACUCAGAUGAUUUCAGUUCGUGAAGCCAAAGCCAUCCCAAGGCCUGAUGACAUUGAAUGGAGAAAUAAAUAUAUCUGUGUUGAAGAACCCUUUGAUGGAACUAAUACCGCCAGAGCUGUGCAUGAAAAGCAGAAGUUUGAUAUGAUCAAGGAUCAGUUUUUAAAGUCAUGGCACAGAUUGAAAAACAAGAGAGAUCUGAACAGUGUUCUGCCUUUGAGAGCUGCUACCCUGAAGAGAUAGCUGCCCUCUAAUUCUUAAACUCUUCCAAGAAAUAAAGAACAAUAGUUACAUCACAAUGCAUUUGUUUACCUCCAUCAUGGUUUAUUUUUAAUCUUGUUCUUGUUUUUGUUUUAUUUUUUAAAGGACAUACUUAUAUAAAGAUUGCAUAUUUUAUUAUGACAUUUCCUAAUAAACUCUUUGAUUUAAAAAUGUA